AUGUCUACCGCUCAAGGCACGCGAAUUAUUUACAAGCCACAAGGAAGCCGGGACGAGUACUUUGUGUAUGCGUAUCCCGAAGAGGUAAAAAAGUGGCGUAAGGAUAAAUCUAUUCCAUUAACGGACGUAGUACAAUCAUUUGAUAUAUUCGAAAUCUUUGGUGGUGGCAAUGACGGAAUCGCUGGACGUCCAUCGAAACAAAGAUUAGAAAAUACGUUUGGUACUAGCAAAAACAUGGAUGUGCUUGAGAUCAUACUAGAAGACGGUAUGAUACAUAACACAGGCAAGGAAACAUCCGGGUCUUUCGCAGCCAUUAAUGAAACUCGUGGGAAAGGCGUGGCGACUGCCGAAAACGCUAUGGGAAUUCAUAACUAA